UAUUUAAACUCUUACUCUAGCUUGCCUUGCAACAAAAGACAACCCAGGAAGCACAGAGCAAGGCCUCAGUAUCAUGAUAGCUCAAGGCAUCUCGGGGCUCAUGCGACCCUUGUUAAGUGGCCUGAAAGUGAGUAAAACUCACUUUGUUUAUUUCUGUGAGGCGACUGAGCAGAAUUGCUUACGAUCAAAGCAGAUGUCAAGAAGAGGCUUCAGCUCCACGUGCAAGCUCCAGGAUUCUCAUGGGGAAUUGAGCUCUGCAGAUUCAGUGACAGUGCAUUUUAUAAAUCGGGAUGGAGAGCGACUCACAACCACGGCCAAAGAAGGGGAGAGUCUGCUGGAAGUGGUAGUCAACCAAAACUUGGCCAUUGAUGGAUUUGGUGCGUGCGAAGGGACAUUGGCUUGCUCCACCUGCCACCUCAUCUUUGAGAAAGAUGCCUUUCAAAAGUUGGAUGCCAUCUCAGAUGAAGAGAUGGACAUGCUGGACUUGGCAUAUGGACUCACUGAGACAUCUCGCCUUGGAUGCCAGGUGCGCAUUAAGAAGUUGAUGGAUGGUCUGACAGUGCAGGUCCCUGUGGAAGUAUCAGAUAUUAGGAGUCAGCUGGAGGUUGGAAAGCAAAGCAAACAGUAACCGGAAACAGCUCCUGCACAGCCCGCUUCCUUAGGUGUGGAGGGACUCUUUGCUUUAUGUUAAUACCAGUACUCUGCAGCUGGUUUACAGUAGACAAUAGAAGUCUGGUUUAGUAUAUGUGACUGUUCAGCAAAUCUCUUUUUUAAGCAAAGCUUAACGCUAGGAUUUUCAACAUAAGUUUUAAAUAAGUGCUUAAGUGCUCUCAUGAACACAACUGGAUGAAAACAUGUGGCUUUACAAUUCCCUGGGUGGGUGGCAGUAAACGUCUGUGCUGUGUGUAACUCAUCUCCUUUUAAGUAUUCCACUAUUCCAUGUAGCUACUGGGAAUUCUGUGCUGUUCUGUUAUUUAACUGCAGAGCAGAUUUUUCCCAAUUUGGGAAGCUUGAGAAGAGGUAGCUGUUCCAAAUGCAAGACUGUGUUACUUGGCUUGCUGACAUCAACAAGCUUAGUCUGCUUAGCAGUAACAUUUGAAUGCAUGUCACUGAAUUGUUAUGUGCCAUGAUAUGCUAAUUUCUGCAAAUAUCACAUUUUCUCAUUAAUGUACUGCAGCAUACAUAAAAUAAAAUCCAAUAAUCAGGCUUUUAGAUCUGUAAAUAUGCUUUUCUUGUAACAUCAGUCCGGUUGCAGUAGAACUAGUCUAGGGGGAAGUUAGAUGUGAUAACCUACUGUCCUGGUUACCACUGUUUUGUUGUUUUUUUCCCCUUGCUUUAGAUGGCAAGGUUGACAUAUUUGCUCAGAAUGUUGUAGAGAAUCCAUGACAUGUAACCAAAUGUAGCAGAAAUGCUAAGUCAGAGCCUGAUGGAGCACCUGGUGGGAAGGCAGGGCAAAUUCAGGGGAGCUCAAGUGCAAGCAAUGCAGCUGAUGAUGGAAGAGAUGGAGGCAGGAUCCACCCCUUCCCAGCCCCCAUUUAAGGGUUGUCAGUGGAGGUGAGGGUAUCUUGCUGGAGAUCCCUGCCUACCUGAGGCCAUUUACCUCCAAAGGUAAACGAAUUUUCUUCCUUUGUUUCUGCAUCCACAGUUGCUGCUUUUGGGUUUGUCCUCAUUUGCUGCAGCUGAAAACAUUGCCGCUCUGCUCUUAUUGCUGUACUUUCCAUCACAUUAUAGUGUUAUAAUUAGGUGAAAAAUUUUGUAGGGAGGGGUAAUAUCUCUCAUUAGACCUAAUACUGUUGUGGGGAGGACAGGCACUUUUGGCUAUACAAAUCCUCCUCUAGACUUGAAAUAACUGCAAAAUCCAAGCUUAAGCAUCCUGGUGCAGUGGAAAGCAUCCUUUAAAGGUGUUUAAAUACAUCAAAUGAUUUUGUCCAGGACAACCUCAUGACUCUGCCUCCUACUGGAGAUUUCCUGCAUUAUCCUCCGUGUUUGUGCUGGAUUUGCAAGCCAGGAUCCAUCUGGAACAGUUCAGAAAAAACGAGAGCUUAGUUUUUACCCAUCCCACAGCUCUUCAGUCAGUUGUUGAAUACAAAUGCUGUGCGGUGUGUCUGACCGCCCGACCGCAUCUGAACGCCAGGGGCCGAGAGAUGGUAACGGCUUCGUUCAGACACCAGGUGGAGCUCGUUGUACACCGGCGAUUCACGAAACCCAAGGCAGGUAGGAAGGAGGAGGAUGAGACCUGAACCUGAAUUUUACCUACAUCAUCACAUUACUGUUCUUCUUUACUUGGUGUCUCACACUCUGACUGGUGACUGGCUCUAUCUGAGAUAUCUCAGAGCAGCUAUUCAUGGCUGAUAAUUCCUGCAUACUUCUCCUUCAGGCAGGAGUAGUUCUGCCAUGAGCUCUGCUCAUAUCACUGUGGUUGAGGGUCAGUGUGUUGCUCACAGGUAGGCAGUGACACCCUGUAACUCCCCUGCCUCAGACUUUGUUUUCUGCUCUGGUCUGUCAUGCAGAAAUGAAUACAAAAUUGAAUGCCAGAAAACUGGUAAGAGAAAGAAGGAUGUGAACUAGGAAAAAAAUGCAGGUGCUGCACACUUGUGAUUUACCAUAGGCUGCAAAAGAGAUUUAAUGACAACAGUGAAACCACCCGGUGCAAUACCCCUUCAUGUAUUCCCAUUCCUGAUGUUGCCACUGCCCCUUUGAAAAGCUGAGUGUUUGGGGCUUUGUAGUUGUACUCAUCGGCUGAUUCCUGAUUGUGAGCCUGCAGUGGUACCACAGCUUGCUGCUGGAAGAUGCCAUUUCUUUUUAGCCGGCGUGAAGCCAUGCACUGUUGGGAUGGUGAGUGAGGCUAUAGCUGUUGGUUUGAAAGGGCUGAGCAGUGGCUGUCACGUCCCACUCCAGUGUGGUUGCUUUUUGAAGAAAAUGUUUCUAGGGUGAGGGUGAGCUGUUUGCUUUGAAAUUUAGGUAGCAAAAUCUUUGACAAGUCUGAUGCUUAAAGGUGCCACAGAGUAUCAGAUGGAGACCUGACUUUCCUGAUUGUAGGUAUGUCAGAAAUGAAAUUAAGGUAGUUGAAAUAAACAACUGUAGCUGUUCCCCAGGCACUUCUAUCACAGUUUCUGUCAGCCUACAGGAUAAGAGAAAAAAAUUAUACGUGCCAAGCAAAAAUGAGAGGAGGCUGAAGGGUAUGAGUCAUUGUUUCCUCAAGGUAAAUGAGCUGCUCUUUCUUGGCCUUGAUCUUUAGUGUAAAAGGGAACAGGAAAGCUCCUUGCUUCCAAGAUGGCAAAAGUACUACAUGGCUGUCCAGCAGAGCCCAGAGUUGUCAAGACAACUUGGGCCAAAUUUCUUUUUUUAUUUUUUAAUCUGAAAGUGAGCAGAAAGGGAAAGGAAACCUAUUUGUGUCUACACCUGAGAGC